GCAAGAAAAAAGAAGUUAAAAUAGAGAGAAACCGAAACAAACAUAUAAGCGUUUAUAUUACUCACUAUUAUUUAUUUCUAUUCGGAUCUCUGGCUCCGUGCAAUGGCUCCGAGGAAGAAGCAACAGCAGCAACCGAAGCAGAAGCAAAACAACCGAAAAUCCAAUUCAACUCCCUCCACCUCCGAUGCUCGUCCUUCUUCCUCCGGUCCAAAGCUCAAUAUCUCCGCCGAAAACGAGACUCGUCUCCGUCGUCUCCUACUGAGCUCCGCCCGCUCCACUCCAUCGGUCACUCCCGCAGAUGAUUCGCUCUCAAAGGUCCAGAAGGUCAAGAAGCUUAAAGCCGUUUACGAGAAGCUCUCAUGCGAAGGUUUUACCAAUGACCAAAUUGAACUGGCACUCUCCGCUAUCGGGGAUGGUGCUACAUUUGAGGCUGCUCUUGAUUGGUUAUGCUUGAAUUUGCCUAGUAGCGAGCUUCCAUUGAAAUUUUCAAGCGGAACUUCUUUGCAUACACAUGUAGGUGGUUCUGUUCGUAUACUACAGACUGCACAAAAACACUGCCCUUCAAUGGGAGUCCAAUCUUCCAAAGAUGAAGAUGGAGACAGAGAUGUUCCUGUUAUAUUGAGUAGGCGUAAAGAUGAUGAUAAGCUAGAUCGGUUCCAAUCAUCCCAAGCUGAAUGGAUCAAACAGUAUGUAGAGCAGCAAGAAGAGGAUGAUUAUGGAACCUGGGAAGAUAACAUGGCUGAUGAAGGUUCUUCGAGGGAGGCUUCGCAAGCAAGGUCCUAUGAUGUUAUUGCGGAAGAGUAUUAUGCUGCACGGUUGGACGCUGCAAAAGCAAAGGAAGAAGGGGACAAGAAAAGACAAGAGACCGCUGGCAACAUCAUUCGCAAGCUUAAACAGGAGUUGUUAGCUCAAGGAUUAUCAGUGGAUAUGCUGGCUUCUGAAUUUGAGUAUGGAAGAGCGUUGGAUAAUACAUUGAAAGAUGAAGCUAUGAGUUCUGUGCAAGAUGGAAAUGUUGGGGUCAAUCAAGCAAACAUGAGAAGUAGCUUGGAUAUUUCAGUGCAUAGAAACGAAUCUGUUAAUGUAGAUGAAAGGGAUUGGUCAAAAUCAAAGGAGUUAUCUGUAGAUCUUAUGUCUUCACAAGAAAUUGAAUCAACCGUUGAUGUAGAUGGGAGAGCUUGUUCAGCCCCCAAGGAGACAUCCGUGGAUCUUUUGUCAUCCCAAGGAAAGAAUGACUCAGAAGAGCCAGAAGAUGUGGAGAUUGGUAAUUUUUUUUUGGAAGAUGUAGAAACAAAUUUAGAUGUAGCACAGGAAUUACUAAAACUAAAGAAGAAAGAAAAGAUGAAAGAACUUUCCAGUGGGAAGAAUUUGGAGAAGUUGGAUGGCAUAUGGAAGAAGGGUGAUCCACUAAAGAUUCCCAAGGCUGUUCUUCAUCAAUUAUGUCAGAAAGAAGGAUGGGAUGCACCAAAAUUUAAUAAAAUCCACAGAAAAGAAAAUGGUUUUUUCUAUGCUGUCAGUGUGCUGCGUAAAGCAAGUGGGAGAGGUAAAAAUCGGAAAGCUGGAGGUCUUAUCACUCUUCAGUUUCCCAAUGAGGAUGAAAUUUUUGAAUCUGCAGAGGAUGCCCAGAAUAAGGUGGCAGCUUUUGCUCUUUGUCACUUGUUUCCAGAUCUUCCUUUUCAUGUUGCACUUAUUGAGCCAUAUGCUUCUCUUGUUAUGCAGUGGAAGGCAGGGGAGUCAAUUAGCAAAGUUGACGACAAUGAGAAGGAUCGAAGGGCUAGUUUUGUUGAUUCUUUGCUUGAUGCUUCCAAUAUUGGUUCUGCUUCUAAAACUCUUGUUGGGAAAAUUGAACAGCUCAAUAUUGAGGAUGAUAAGAAGCCACGUGCUCUUGAUCUUAAUUCACAUUCAUUCGGGGAAAAAUUAGACUACAACACCCAGAAUGAGAGUUCUCGAUUGAGACUGGAACACGAGAAUAAAAUGAGAACUAAAAAAUAUCAGGAGAUGUUGAAAAACAGAGCUGGGCUUCCCAUUGCUUCAUUAAGAGGUGAUAUAUUGCGUCUCCUGAAGGAGAAUAAUGUUCUUGUUGUUUGCGGGGAUACAGGUUCUGGAAAGACUACUCAGGUCCCACAAUUUAUAUUGGAUGAGAUGAUAGAAUCAGGAUGUGGAGGACUGUGCAACAUAGUAUGCACACAACCAAGAAGAAUAGCGGCUAUUUCGGUUGCGGAAAGAGUUUCUGAUGAACGUUGCGAGCCUGCCCCAGGUUCAAAUGGCUCUUUAGUUGGUUAUCAUGUUCGUCUAGAUAAUGCAAGGAAUGAAAAUACAAAACUACUAUUCUGUACAACGGGCAUUCUUCUGAGGCAAAUUGUGGGAGAUGAAACUUUGACUGGUAUCACUCAUAUUAUCGUUGAUGAAGUACAUGAACGGUCUCUGCUGGGCGAUUUUCUCUUAGUUGUUUUGAAGAAUCUGAUUGAGAAACGUUCUGCUGAAAGUUCAUCUCCCUUGAAGGUUAUUCUUAUGUCUGCGACAGUUGAUUCAAACCUUUUCUCAGGAUACUUUGGUAACUGCCCUGUAAUCACUGCAGAGGGUAGGGUGCAUCCUGUAACCACCUACUUUCUUGAAGAUAUAUAUGAGAGUACUGGGUACCACCUCGCUUCAGACUCCCCUGCUGCCAUACGAUAUGAAGUAUCAAGUGGCAAAAAGAGUGCUCCAGUCAAUUAUCGAAGAGGAAAGAAAAACCUCAUAUUAUCCGGAUGGGGUGACGAUGUUUUACUUUCUGAAGCCUGUACGAAUCCUUACUACAAUUCAGAUUGUUAUCAAUCAUAUAGUGAGUUGACACAUAAAAAUCUGGAAAGAUUAAAUGAGCAUGUUAUUGAUUAUGAUCUUCUCGAAGAUUUAGUGAUUCAUGUGGAUAAAACUUUUGAUGAGGGAGCCAUACUUGUUUUCUUGCCAGGAGUGUCAGAAAUUCACUUGUUGUAUGAUAGAUUAGCUGCUUCUUACCAAUUUGGUGGACAGGCUUCUGAUUGGAUUCUUCCUUUGCAUUCGUCCAUUGCAUCUACUGAUCAAAAAAAGGUGUUUUUACGGCCUCCUUAUGGCAUCCGCAAGGUUAUAAUAGCCACAAAUAUUGCGGAGACCAGUAUUACGAUCGAUGAUGUGGUUUAUGUGAUAGACAGUGGAAGACAUAAAGAGAACCGUUACAAUCCUCAAAAGAAAUUAUCAAGCAUGGUUGAGGAUUGGAUUUCUCAAGCGAAUGCUAGGCAGCGGCGAGGAAGAGCUGGACGUGUGAGACCUGGUACUUGCUUUUGUUUAUACACACAUCACAGAUAUGAAAAGCUCAUGCGCCCUUUUCAGGUCCCUGAGAUGCUUCGGAUGCCCUUAGUAGAGUUAUGUUUACAGAUUAAAUUACUUUCUCUGGGUUACAUAAGGCCGUUUUUAUCAAAGGCAUUGGAGCCUCCUAGAGAAGAGGCUAUGGCAUCAGCAAUAUCAUUAUUAUAUGAGGUGGGAGCUCUUGAAGGCAAUGAAGAAUUGACUCCUCUUGGACAACAUUUAGCAAAAUUACCUGUUGACGUAUUGAUUGGGAAGAUGAUGCUAUAUGGUGGAAUUUUCGGUUGCUUGUCCUCCAUUCUCUCAAUAUCAGCAUUUCUGAGCUACAAAUCUCCAUUUAUUUAUCCAAAAGAUGAGAGGCAGAAUGUUGAACGAGCUAAAUUGGCUCUUUUGUCUGAUGAGGGAAACGGUUUGGGUGAGUCAUGUGGCAAUGACAAGCAAUCUGACCACCUGAUUAUGGUGAAUGCAUACAAGAAAUGGGAAAAAGUUUUGCAUCAGAAAGGAGCUAAAGCUGCACAGCAGUUCUGCAAAUCAUAUUUCUUAAGCAGUUCGGUUAUGCACAUGAUAAGGGACAUGAGGGUACAGUUUGGGACAUUGUUAGCAGACAUUGGGCUUGUUGAUCUUCCUAAAAGAUCUCGUUUUGAUAGAACAACGAAGGAGGACCUUGACACCUGGUUUUCAGAUUCAUCCCAACCAUUCAACGUGUACUCGGAUCAUCCAUCAAUUGUAAAGGCAGUAUUAUGUGCAGGACUAUAUCCCAACAUAGCUGCUGGUGAGGAAGGAAUUACUGAAGCAGCUCUUAAUAGCCUUGGGCGAUCGUCUGGUCCUGCUACCACAGUCCGUCCAGUGUUGUAUGAUGGUAGAAGAGAAGUAUAUAUACACCCUUCUUCGGUCAACAGCAACCUAAAAGCAUUUCAGUACCCCUUCCAUGUGUUCCUUGAAAAGGUAGAAACCAAUAAAGUCUUUAUCCGGGAUACUUCGGUUGUUUCUCCCUACUCCAUCUUAUUAUUUGGCGGGUCCAUUAAUAUUCAGCAUCAGAGUGGAAUCGUCAUUAUAGACGGUUGGUUGAAAUUGACUGCACCGGCGCAAAUUGCUGUACUCUUUAAAGAACUUAGGUUGACCCUCCAUUCUAUUCUGAAGGAACUUAUUAGAAGACCAGAGACUUCUAUUAUUAUCAAGAACGAGGUUCUAAAGUCUAUAGUUCGUUUGUUGUUAGAAGAAGACAAACCCCUUACAUAGGCAUAGUAAUGGUAAAGCGUAACAUUGACGACAAAAAUCGAACCAAGAUGAAUGCAUGGUUUCAUGCCAAAAUAGACCUUCGCCUCUCAAAUUUUGCUGUUGGAAUCUAAUGGAUGGCUUGAUGAGACAGAUGAGAAACUACAGUUAUUUACAGGGUUGGUCAUCACUUGCUAUCCUUUUGGUACACCUUUUUAUGUUUGAAGAUGUUGAAACUAAAUUAGGGGGAAAGUUGGAGAGAGAACCGCAUACCCUCCCCUAUUAACUUUAGCUCCACAUUUAGGUAUCUAACAAACAUAUGGAUUUUUUGUUAGGUAAUAAAAGUAUGGGAUUUGAUCCAUAGACCUUUUGGUCUCUUCGUUUUGAAAAAACUUUACAUUCUUUAUUUUACAUGUUAUCACAUGAUAUAAUGUCAUUUGUAAUACAACAAUUAGGGUGUGAGGACUCGGACUUCCCACCUCUAAGAUGAAAUUUUAUGUCAAUUACCAAUAAGUUAACUGUAUUUUGACUA